AAUGCAAACUUUGAGUUCCUAGGAGAAAGCAGCAGCGACAUGAACAACACAGCUUUAGCCUCUCUCAUCUCUCAGUGUGUUCUGAAGCUUCUGGAAAAAGACCUGAAUGCAGGGAAAAAUGCCACGAAGGAGAAAACACCAAAAUACAAACCAUAUGACAACGCCUAUUUCUUCAUUCUCUUUGUCAUGUUGUUUUACUCUUUCCUGGCGUUGACUGUCUUUUUCGGUUAUGUUCGCUCCAAGAAAGCCAUUUCAAAGAAAGAUCCUUACCAGGAGUUCAUUGAGGAUAAGGAUCGAAGCAAGAAGUGGAACACGAGCCGGCCAGUGGUGGUGAAAUUUGACUUUGAAGAGGAGAGCAUUCUUUGAAGUACUUAAAACCAAAAUGCUUUGCAAACUGUACUGGACUGUCUGUGUCGUCUACAUGUCAAAGGAAGGUCUGCACACAUCUCCUUCGAUGACGUCCAGCGCAAUAAGUAAAACCACUGGCUAGAAGUAGGUAAUGGAAAGAAGCAGAAGAAGAAGAAGGGGAAAAAAGUUCACCAUUCAUGGGAAUUAGGUUGUUUUGUGGAAUGCCGUUUUUCAGAGAUAACGGAGUAUGUGUAUCUGUUUUUAUGCCGCAGAAGGAAAGUGAGACUUGCCAUUCUCUGCACAGCUUGUGGGUGCAGCUGGAAGAAGCAACCCUCCAGAGCCAUCUUACUCUGUGAUAUUUAUCACCAUAUCUAGAAAAGGGAGGAAGAAACCGGUUCAUGCACAUCUGCAUGAUGCACGCACAGAAAGGACAUGAAAUCUUCUAAUCGAGUUUUAGCACUUGUGAGUUUUACUUCUCUGGGAGAACCAUCUGAUCUCCAUCUUUGUAGACUAAUGCAUUAGACUUUCAUAAUUUAAUUAAGCAUGCCAUCGACACCUCUGCUAUCUUCACUUUUUUAUAUUAAAUACAUAUCAUGGCAAAAAAAUCAGCCAAACAAUGCCUAUAAAAUGUAAUGAAAAAGUAUUUGGAGGGAACAAUUGUCUGGGCUUUAAGUGAUCUCUUUUUCCCCAGACUUAGUGGUCAAUAUAUCUGAUUGCAUAUAAAGCAGAAAUGUCUGUCUAAAGCUGAAUGCACCCCAAAUGUUGUUUAACUUGCUGAGAAUCCAACAUGAUGUUUCCUUUUAAGAUUUAUUGUGCAUAUUAUUAAAUAUAAUUUGAUUUGCUUAUUCAGAUUUGUUGUCUUUGUUGCAAACAUGUUGCUUAUUAGCAUGCCAAAGAAUCCAUGGAACACACAGAUCUGCAUGAUAAUUGCAUUGUUUUGUGCUACGAAAACAAGAAUUAAUGCAGGAUCAUUUCCGGAAAUAUAUUUUUGCUCUUUGCUUAGCACUCACAGAGAAUGCAAACCAUAUUACAAAUAAAAUAAAUCUGAAAUCAAAACUGC